GGAAUCUCUUUACAGCUUACGUUGCUUCAGCAGCGCAUCGAGACCGACUGCGUUCCUCCUUCAUAUUAUUAUUAUUAUUAUUAUUAUUAUUAUUAGUUCUGCGCUUGUUGUUCGCACCGCAGCGCCUACGCACCUCUACUCAGCCAAAAACAACACUUUUCUCCGCUAUACACCUCCACGGCCGCGCACACAACCUUCUCUUCUCUCCCUCACAAAACCAAAAGGAGAAGAACACAUUCGGAUAUAUAUUUUUUAUGAAUACAAGCACGCCGACCACACAACAGUUAAGAGCACCGCGGGAAAUUGGAAAGAAAGAAAAAUGGCCUCCGUGAUUGUAGCGGGUGCCACCGGUGCGAUUGGCCGCAGCGUCGUCCAGCACGCCAUUCGCCAGCCCUCCAUCCAACGUGUUGUGGCCCUGACGCGCGCCGCCAACGUGACGGAGGCGAACUACGCCCAACUUUUUGGCGUCGGCACGCAGAACCACGCGGCGGGUGGCGACGCGAACAGCGAAAGGGAGCAUCUGGGCAGCUCGUCGGAGGUGGUGAUGGUGACGCCGCAGGAGGCGGCGAAGAUCCAACCCGUCACGAUGGACUGGGAGGCCUUCACGAACGCCUGGUCGACGACGUCCGCAGCCGCUGACUCCGCCGCAGCAACGGACGCUCUCCACACGUACAAGGACAUCUUCGCCGGCCACACGUACGCGGCGAUGUGUCUCGGCACGACCCGCAAGGAUGCCGGCAGCGCGGCGCAGUUCACGCGGUGUGACUACGAUUAUGUGAUGGCGUUUACGGAGGCGGUGCUGACCUACUCGGCGCCGGCGGGGCUCGGUCCGGCUGCGGCCUUUAUCCACCACGUGAACGACGCCGGCGAGGUGAAGAAAGGCGCCGUGUCUGCGCAGGCAGCGGCAACAGCACCGACCGCUCCGCCGCCGCCGUCAUCCACGAGCUCGGCCUCUGCCAAGUCCACCGGCACGCUGCGCGCCUUUUGCCAGAUCAGCGCGGCAGGGGCGGACAGCAACUCCUGGUUCUUGUACAUGCGAACGAAGGGCAAUGCGGAUGAGGCGACGGUGGAGCGCAUCCACCAGCACAACAAAACGGCGGCAGCGGCGGCGGCGCCGAUUCUUCUCUUCCUCCUCCGCCCCGGUCUGCUGAACCGGCACGGCAAGUCGCGGUGGAACGAGAAGCUUGCGAAGGCCAUCCUGCCCUCGAUGCCGGUGGAGACGUGCGGCGCGGCGGCCGUCAGCUGCUUCGUCGAGCCGGAGAUACGGCAGGCCAUCACCGCGACGGCGCCGCUGUCCGCGUCGGCGCAGGCGACGUUGGACGCGCAAAGCCAAGAAAUGGCUCGCCGCGGCGAGAGCACGAUUUUGCUUGGCAAUCCAUUCAAGACAACCACGACGAUGAAGAAGGCGGGGGUGCCGAGCGAGGAGGACUUUGCGUACGUGUACGAGCUGACGAACUCCACCAUCAAGCACCUGGCGGGGCGGCUUACCGAGGAAAACAAAGCAGAGGCCACCACCGCAGGAGAACCUUAA